AUGCCCCUCACCGUCCUCUCCCACUCUCAGCUCCACUCGCUGCUACUGUCGUUGACUGCCGAUGAAAUUGUUUCGAUACAGCAGAAUAUAGCGGAAGCUCUGCGCGAAUACUCCACUGGCAGCCAAGAUCAGGGUUGCUCAGCCUCGUACCAGCCUCGUCGGACGGCUAUCACACGGCAGAAUGGCUGCACCACACUCUUCAUGCCGGCCACCACCGGCCAGACAUUGGGAAUCAAGAUGAUUUCGCUGGAGGAUGGAGAUGCCGCCGGGAGUGCUGUGGAAUCUGGGCUUGACUCAUCCGAGAUGGCUGGCGCCGUAGACGGACACCGUGCUCGAUCGGGUCCGAGGGAUUCAACGACAUCCUUAUCAUCAUCUCAGAGCGAUGAAUCUUCCACUUCGAUAGAUGAAUCGAAUGACCGCUCCUCGUUUCUUCCAUCGGCCUCGGUAAAUGACCGGGGUCUAUCUGAGACGAUGGGGGCGUGGCCGAGUGCAGGAUCCCGAGACACCUCCCCGAAGGGCAGCGUAAUGCUUUUGGACACAGAGGGACUACCGUUUGGGUUGAUCAACGCCCAAGAAUUGACGGCAUUUCGCACCGCAUUGGCCGCACUACUCCUUUUCAGAAAGCGCAAUCGCGUCCGUACUAUCACUGUCUUCGGCGCCGGGAGGCAGGCAUACUGGCACAUCCGACUUGCUUUGAUUUUGCGGGGCUCGGACAUCAAACGGGUCUACAUUUUUAACCGGUCCUUCGAGCGGGCGGUGGCCUUGCUUAGAGAUAUCUACUCACCAGAAAACAGCAGCUGGAGAGGUGACGUUAAAUUCACGGCUCUCAGCAACGAUUUUAUCGAGUACCAACGUAUCCUUACGCAAGCUGUCCGCAAAUCUGACGCUAUCUUUUGUUGCACACCAUCCAUCGAGCCCUUGUUUCCGCAUGAACUGUUGACGUCCAAAGAGGGUCGCCGGAAAGGCCGUUUCAUCAGUGCCGUCGGCUCCUACAAACCGCACAUGGCCGAAUUGCAUCCGGAGAUUCUUAAGGAUGAGGUGACGGUGCCGCCUCCACAUAGGCACUUCCAUCACCAUACCACACCCUCGGGUGUCGUGGUCGUGGAUAGUUUGGGGGCAGCGAUGAAGGAGGCCGGUGAGAUCAUCCAGGCGGACAUUAAACCGCACCAGGUCGUCGAGCUGGGCGAGUUGAUGAUGGUCCGGGAUGCACAGCGUGGUGAUCCGACUACGGAUGAUCCUGACACGCCCAGAGGGAGGGAAGAGAAGAAUCUGCUGAAGUGGAUUCAGAAGGGGAAUGUAAUCUACAAAAGCGUCGGUUUGGGGUUGAUGGACGUGGUCGCCGGGGGAGGUUUGGUGGCACUUGCAGGACAGAGGGGGGUUGGGACUCUAAUUGCAGACUUUUAG